AUGACCAAUUUCAACUGUCUGGGCAAACAAGGAUGCAUCGAUGCAUACAUCAACGGUCUUAAGACCAAGCGGCCUCUGUUGGUUGUGGCGUUGAACAUCUCCACGGCGCAGAAUUACAACCACACCCACUGUGAUAGCUGGGUCACAAGGCGGGAUGUGAAAGCCCACUACUGCCUGGUCGGCGCUGAGAGCGACAUCAGCCAGCGAUAUGGCCUGCACUACGGAAAUCAGAUCUUCGCGGUGAUGAGUGUAUGCACGUUGCUGCAAUGCUACACGAUCUUCUUCGUCUGGUGGAUCUCUCGCAGAAAGCCUGGCCAAAGUCAAGAAGAACGAACCAUGGUGUUGAUAGGUGAUGUGGUCGCGGACUAUUUAGACUAUCCAAGUAAUAUGCCCAGGUCUCAGGCCGUGUGUGCGUAUCCGCAGGUCCGGUGCCGCAAGAGGGGCUUUCGUGGUCCAGGACUGUCAGCGGCAGCGUUUAUCCCUCAUAUUAUUUCUGCUCGGGAUAGCAGCUCUAUUGGCUAUUCCAGUCGAUUCCGUAGUCUUUUGGGAGCACCGGGACUGAACAUGAGCAUCCCCGCCAUCGUCAAGCUCGGCUUCAGCCUCAACCCCGGCUAUCUCGGCCUCCUUGUCACCUUUUUGGGUGCGGUCCCUCCGCCUGGAGGGGAAGAAAUCCCUGCGCGUGUUCAUGCUGCUGAGGAUGUGGUCCUACCUACUCUCCCUGCCCCUCACCAUGUCAUCACGACGUGUCCUCCCAAGCUCCCGACUGGGGUCCAGCAGUAUUCAUCUCGAAUUGCUGUGUUGGAGACUCCGAUAUGCACCUUUUACCCGUCAGCAUUGAUGUGGUAUCUGAGUGUCUUGACGGAGGUGGCGGCCUUACCACUGGUUACCACCUCCCACAACUCGCCUUUUCAUUGGACGGAUGUCGAGUUACGCUCGCCUGAAUAUAAUGGCAUGGAUAUGUUCCCGUUUGUGGCAUACAUGGCCCGGCUAAGUCGUCUACAAUUUUUGGGGGUUGCCGUUACUUUUCAUCUGCUCUAUGUCUGUUCCAUUUUCGAUGUUUACUUUGUGAGCCCCGUUGUUGGGGGCAUGAAGGCCCACCGCGUCCAGACUUCCGAACCUCCUCCGGCUCAACGCGUCGUGCUCUUUGUCGCUGAUGGUCUUCGCGCGGAUAAGACCUUCCAACAAUUCCCCGACCCGUCCCCAGAUGCCCCCGCGAAUGAGACGGCCCAAAUACUACGCCACUUGGCCCCGUUUCUGCGCUCACGAGUGUUGGAAUAUGGUACCUUCGGAGUCUCCCACACACGAGUGCCAACUGAGUCGCGCCCAGGCCAUGUGGCCCUCCUCGCGGGCCUCUAUGAGGACGUCUCCGCUGUCACCACGGGCUGGAAGCUGAAUCCAGUAGGUUUUGAUAGUGUACUGAAUCGCAGUCGACAUACAUGGAGCUGGGGGAGCCCAGAUAUCCUACCCAUGUUUGCGCACGGAGCAGAACCGGGGCGCGUGGAUACAUACAUGUACAGCGCGGACGCAGAAGAUUUCAGCAAGGAUGCCAUCGAAUUGGACCGCUGGGUUUUCGACGGCGUCAAGCGCUUUUUUAACUCAGCAACAGAGGAUAUAGAAUUGGAAGCAGCGCUGAGACAGGAUAAAAAUAUCUUUUUUCUUCAUCUCCUUGGCUUAGAUACAUCGGGCCACGCUUACCGUCCCUAUUCUCGCGAAUACCUGCACAAUAUCCAGGUCGUGGAUCAAGGGGUGCGGGAGUUGACUGCCCUAUUCGAGGCCUUUUUUGCGGACGAUCAAACGGCCUUCGUCUUCACCGCCGACCAUGGCAUGAGUGACUGGGGUAGCCAUGGAGACGGCCAUCCGGAUAAUACACGAACGCCGCUCAUCGCAUGGGGCGCGGGCGUGCCCCGUCCGAGAACAGGGCCCAUUGGCAAUGUCGCGCGCGGGCACGAUGAUUUCUCCGCCGAUUGGUAUCUGGACCAUGUUGAGAGGAAUGAUGUUGCCCAAGCUGAUAUUGCGGUCUUAAUGGCAUAUCUCGCGGGAAUCCCGUAUCCAGUUAAUUCGGUCGGUCGGCUUCCUUUGUCGUAUAUUGAUGCGGACGAGUCUGGCCAGGCGGAGGCACUACUAGUAAAUGCUCAGGAGAUUUUGGAGAUGUAUCGAGUCAAAGAACGUCGUACAAUGGCCAAGAAAUUCUGGUACGUCCCUUUCGCGGGGCUAGCUGACGAUCGAGACCAGACAACAAGCCAAGAAGAGAGAAUUAGUCGGAUACGCGCAGCAAUCGACAAGGAUAACCCCGAACAGGCAAUCCAAGAAUGUCAGGAAUUUAUCGAUCUGACCCUCCAGGGCUUGCGCUACUUACAGACCUACGACUGGCUUUUCCUUCGAGCUCUUAUUAGCAUGGGUUAUUUGGGGUGGAUGGCAUUUGCCCUCACAACCGCUCUCACUCAACAUGGGCUACUAAACUCAGACAAGAAUUUCCAGCUUAACCGCUCCUCUGUUAACGCAUCGGUGUUGGGGAUUGCCUCGAUUGCUCUUCUGGCAUUUCUGUAUCUACAGAGUUCUCCUUAUCACUAUUACGCGUACGCCACCUUCCCAAUUCUCUUCUGGGCGGAGGUGUUGGCGUACCGCGGGGCCUGGAUCCGAGCUAUUAGGACGACCUCAAAGCAAUUUUCCGCCAGCAAUGUGACUACAGGCACUGUCGGUGGAUUGGCGUUUGGCCUUCUUCUGGAAGCGAUUGUCCAAAGCUUUCAUGAUCGAACGAUUUACACGCUGGUCUAUGUUCUCGCCAUCUUCUGGCCGUUAAUGUACGGUGCAGAAUUCAUUCUGUCCAAUUGGUUCCUAUGUUUGGCAUGGGCGCUCCAAUGUGCCUCCAUGAGCAUAUUCACACUUCUUCCAGCAAACAAAACGGAAGACACUACCUUGAUCACUCUUGGAGGUGUGCUUAUGUUUGCCUUCGGCGUGUGGUAUCUAAUAUUCGAGACAAAGAUCCUCAACCGAGGAUUCUCGGAGCGCGAAACCGUUGCGACCGACCGAAUCUCGAAAGUUGGAUUAGUGCCUCUGGCUCUUCUUGUUACACUUUCCGCAGCAGCAUCAUUACAGUCUAAGGAAGGACUCCCGCGUCUCACACAGUUACUGAGUUGGACAAUCCUUGUAAGCUCUUUUGUGCUUCCAUUUCUCCAUUCUCGAACUGGAAUCCGCCAUCACAUCCACCGUCUGGUAGUGAUAUUUUUCACCUUUGCCCCACUAUUCAUCCUUCUCACCAUCUCCUACGAGGUUCCACCAACGCCCUCCUAUCAGCAGCAGCGGCAAAGAAAUCGAUUUCUCCCUCCAAGUUCGACCCCUACAUCAUUCCGAUGCCCGCACCGCCCUCUUCUUCCUUUACCUCUCUCCCACUCCGCUUUCUUCAGCACCGGCAACAUCGCCUCCAUCUCCUCCUUCUCUCUUGACGCUGUUCUCCGCCUGAUCCCCGUCUUCGAGCCCUUUAGUCAAUCUGCCUUGCUGAUCCUCAAGAUUUUGGCGCCCUUUGUCCCUGUCUCGGCCAACUUGGGCAUCUUGACCCGGUCGCUGCGAUUGCGGCCCGGUGCACUUUUUGUGUUAGUCGUCGCCGCGAGCGACUAUCUGACGCUAAGGUUCUUCUGGCGCGUGCGGGAUGAGGGCUCGUGGUUGGAGAUUGGGGAGAGUAUUACGGUCUUUGUACUGGCGUCUUUGCUGUGUGGGUUUGUGGCGGUGCUGGAGAUGGUUGGGGAGGGGUCACCUAUUGCACCGGAUAUUUAUUCACCUAUUGACCUCGUUAUCAAUGCUUUGCCAAGCUGGGCUUGCGCCAUCCGCGGAUUUUGCAUUAUGGACACUGCCGGGUUGGUCCAUCAGAAAGCAUUUGUGAAGUCCAAGGAAGCACAAUGA